CGGCAGCCCGGCCCCUCCCACUCCGCCUUUUCUCGCGCGUCCUGCCCCCGGGACUGGCAGCAGGCGCUGGGCCACCGGCGAGCGUUCACAGGGACUCGGGACGCCGACGGCAGCGGGCCGAGGGAGCAGCCUCCGGGCGAACCGCGGCGGACCCCGCAGCGCCAUGCGUGCCGUCCCCGGCCUGCCGGGGCCCCGGGGGCCAGCGCCCGGGCUGCUCGCCUUCCUGUGCCUCCUCGCCGCGGCGCGCCCGAGCCCGGCGGACGGCGGGGAUCCAGAUUCACCUUUUACAAGUCUACCUGUCCAAGAAGAGAUGACGGUAAAAUACAAUAACCUUUCCAUGGAGAGUUAUAACAUAUCAUUGACUGAACAUUCCAGAAUGCCAGUAGAAAAAAAUAUCACCUUAGACAGACCUUCUAAUAUACAACUCACAUGCCAGUUAACAACAUCUAGGGAUUUGAAUUCAGUAAAUGUGACUUGGAAAAAAGGUGAUGAAAUACUUGGGAAUGGUUAUCUUAUCAAUGCAACAGGAAACAUCCUAUAUACCCAGCACACGUUCACCAUCACUAAUAGCAAAGACAUGGGAAGUUAUUCUUGUGUCUUUCAAGAGGAAAAGGAACAAAGAGGAACAUUUAAUUUCAGAGUCCCCAAAGUUCAUGGAAGAAACAAGCCAUUGAUCUCUUAUGUGGGGGAUUCUACUGUCUUGACAUGUAGCUGUGACGAUUGUUUUCCUUUAAAUUGGACCUGGUACAGUAGUAAUGGGAGUGUACAGGUUCCUGUUGGCAUUCAAAAGAAUAAGUAUGUGAGGAAUGGAACAUAUGCUAAUGAAACAAGUCUCAAGAUAACAGAGCUUUUGGAGGAAGAUGGGGGAUCUUACUGGUGCCGCGCAUUAUUCCAAUUGGGGGAGAGUGAAGAGCACAUUGAACUUGUUGUGCUGAGCUUUUUGGUGCCCCUCAAACCAUUUCUUGCAAUAGUCGCCGAGGUGGUUCUUCUAGUGACCAUUAUUCUGCUUUGUGAAAAGUACACCCAAAGGAAACAGCCAGACUCAGACAAUGAGAAAGAACUUGAACAAAUUGAACAGCUGAAAUCAGAUGAUAGCAAUGGUAUAGAAAAUAAUGCCCCGAGGCUCAGAAAAACUGAACCUGCGGGCCAGUGAAUGCAAAGCAUCAUGUCAAAGAUCAUGGGAAGAUGUACGAAGAAUUUGUAUUUCAACUUUGUUUAUCCUUCCUUUUAAGAGCAUCUGAGUUUUUAUUUUUAAAAGGAUGAAAACUUUGUGUAACAUGCUCAGCAGUAGCUUCAUAAAUAAUAUAUGCUAUUUCAGAUCUAAAGAUAUAUUUUUAUUCUGUCAUUGUUUGAUAUUAAAGCAGGGUAAAUUGUAGUAAAUACAUUCUAUGAGCUAUAACCCAGGAUAAUUAAUUUUAUUCUGGUCUUCAGAGAACACAUGGAACAGAUACCAGCAAAAUCACUUAAUAGUUCAUGGAACAAAAGUCACUCAAGACCAUUUAUAACCAAAGAAUUCAUUAAAGAGAAAGCUUUUGCCAUCUGUCUUAAAAUUUGUUUUUUUCCAGUCAUACUUACUAUGUAUAGAAAUAUUCGUAAUCAUGUAAAGUUUAUUCUUCUGUGAUACUGAAAAAAAAAAUAAGUUCACUAGGGAAUGAAUACUUUCUACCUUUGCUUAUGAUGGUUACUGUAAAGUCUCCACAGCAAAACAGUUUAUUCAGAAAUAUUGAUAUUUGCAUAAGGCAAGAAAAUAAAACCAUAGGCUUGCCUCAAAGCUCUGUCACUACAAAAGCAAAAUUUCCAGUGUUUAUUCCACUCAUAACCACUGCUUUCCCACACCAGGCUAAAGUGCCUCUUAGUCUUAAAGCAGAGCAGUUUUUUUUUUUAGCGGUGGGUUUUGGACUUCUCAAGGGACUCUGAUAUUGAUGCUUUAGGGCGUAGGCCCACAGUCAUAAUGCAUCACUGCUACAUUGUUGCUUUCGUGGUUCAUGGUUUUCCGCUAUCUUUGAUUUGAUACCUGAUUUCCCGGUAUCCAUGGCUGUUUAACUAUCUAAAAAUGUAUUUUUUAAUGCUUUACAAUAAUAAUUGCUUUGACUGAAAUCCAGAAGUAUUAAAGAACUUUAUGUUGUUC